CAACUCAACUGGCAGCGGUGUGAUAUUGUUUCGGUACCGUACUGUAAGAUAUAAUAAUAUAAUUAGUUUCCUUAUCGUUUGAAUGUCAUUGGUGAGACACGAGGCAAUCGUAACUACUUCAUUUAUUAUGUACAUAAACACGACAUAAUAAAUGAAGAUACAUAACUUACACAAUAGUGAUAGAAUAUACAUUACGCCUACGAUUACAACGAAAAAACGGGUGUUUCUGUGUUAGAAAAAUACUUAGUGAAUAUCAUAGAAUAGCUUAAUUGAAUAUCAAGAAUGGUGUGGGUGCGUCCGAAAGACAUUGAGUAUCCGAAACAAUGGCACAAGUUUGAAGGUCCGACAGGGCGUAAGUUUAUAAUAAAGGAUCUAACUCCAGAGUACUACGAUAUUGCACUUGGCUACACCACGAAUAUCUUCAUGCAUGAAUCCAAUAUCAUGGGACCCCUGAGAAUAUUCCACGACCCCACUGAGCGCAGUAAGUUGCAGCAGAAGUGGCUGUCCAUAUUCAAGCGGAACGCGUCCCUGGUGUGUGUGACGGACGAGGAGCUGCCUCGCGUGGCCGGUAUACACAUCACGGUGGUUAGAGAGAAGCAUGACGAGAAACAGGACCUACCAGCCACAACGGCUUAUGAUAAAUUCGUGAAAGCAGUGGAAGACCUCCUGAAAGAGUCUAAUUUCUACGAGAAGUUCGGUGGAGACACGUAUCUGUCUUCACUUGGCCUGUUCGUGCUGCCUGAGUUCAGGUGCCAGGGCAUCGCUACUGAGUUCUUGAGAACUAGAUUAAUAAUGUGCAAAGCAUUAGGACUCCGUGGUACUGCCAACGUGUUCUCCACACCGCAUGCUCAGCUCGCAGCCAGGCGGGUGGGCUACCAGGUGGCCGCAGUACUCAGGCCGGAUCAGACCUCGUUGGACAUACAGGCCGACUUGGCCGCAAUGGGCGCUGCCGUUGACACGUAAAUGGCGCAGUUGGUAGGAUUUUAAGGAUAGACAGCUCUAAACUAUGGACUUAUGACUAAUCGACUAUGAAUAAUCGAGAAAAGCGUUUUUUGUUUCAAUACAGUGCUGCCUCUACACGGGUUUGUUAUCGAUGUAGAUAAACGUUACUAUAUCGCGAUUUGGUGGAACGGGCAUUCAUCGAGUUUAUCGGCGUCAAUAACAGAUCCGUGAAACGGCAGCGUAGGUACGCCUAACUCUCAAUCUAAUGAAUAAAGUAAAACAUAGCAAGUUA